UCUGGGACUCGGCACAGGACUCCAACAGAAGAUCACAUGAGCGGCACAAGCUUUUGAGCAAGUCCCCGACCAAAUGACCAAGACAAGCAUGCAUUGGCUGGCUCAUUUCCAGAUCGUUUUGCUAUGCAUUUGGUUGAUGUGCCCCAGCUCACAGGCCAUCAAAUGCGACACUUGUGGCAAGGAGUGUGCCAGCGCCUGUGGCACCAAGCAUUUUCGGACCUGCUGUUUUAACUACCUUCGCAAGCGAACCGACCCGGAUGCACUGCGUCAGAGCUCGGACCGGAGGCUCAUCGACUUCAUCCUGCUGCAGGGACGGGCCCUCUUCACCCAGGAACUGCGAGAGAGACGCCACAAUGGCACCUUGAUGGACCUCGGCCUACAGACCUACUACCGCUGAUCUCUCCAUUUGUACUGAUACGAAACUGGCCUUGACUCCGACCAACGAUUCACACGAUCCACUGGCUAUUGAAAUGCUUGAAAUGUUAAAUUACCAAUAAAGGCACUAACUUCUUUGGGGCA